UACAUUUUAUUUUGGAGAUUGUUACUGAUAUUGGUAUUAUCCGUUAAACCAAACGGACCACUAACUAAUUCGCUAGUGACCAAUCAAUCGCAAGGGAAAGAGAAAUUAGAGAUGACGAAGGCGGCUCUAUUUGUGAGGCCAAACGUGGCGGUGCUAUGUAUCCGGCGAUGGAGCACCUCCGUUCAGCCACGUGUACCUUCAUUCCUGAAAUGCUAUUCUAUAUCUUCCCCUUCCUACCGGCCGAUGAACCUCCUUCCUCACAUACGGUCCAACAUUGAAGCCGAUUUCGCCGGUCGACGGAGUUUUAGUAUUCGAGCAACUAGCGACACCGGCUCAUUUGAUUCCCCUCUUAUGCAGUCUAUGGAGAAAAAGCUGGCUUUCUUAGAAGCUUUUCAAGAUAUACUCUCUCUGUCUAUUGAAAUCCGACAGUCUUCUUCCUGCUUAUGCCCCGGGUGGGUCAAGUCUAACCUGUCUUUCCAGAACCGCAGUCAUAAUGAAUUCCUUUCAUUUGAAAGAAGCCUUUCAAGAAAAGACAAUAUAGUUGCAAGUUGCUCGAGCAGUGGGUUGAAGCUAACUAUUAUGGGUAUGGAACCUUUUUUUCAAAUACUGGAUCUUGUGCUAGUAGUUCCUGGCUGUAUUCAACGCGGGCCAAACACGUUUCUUAUUGAAAUAGGAGAAUACGUGAACUAACUUGCCGACAGACCUGAUAUCUACUAUUGAAGUAAAAGAUCCUACGAGAGCAUUUCUGUCUUAAGACGUGGUAUAGGACUUGUGUUUCGUGUAAGUUUUUAUAUUAUCUUAUAUAACCAGAAAAUACAAGCAGGGACCAGGAUCAAGAUUUUCUUGAUGUCUUUUUCCGCUUUUCAUGAACUCCAACUUUCUUACUUCUCUAGGGCUGAAUGGCAUUAUCCAAAAUGUUGAUCUGACACUAAGAAAUUUCUUCGUGCUCCAAAUGCUGAUACUUUUUUUUUCUGAACUCUAAAACAUCUUAUGAUCGAGUCUUAAUGAGUCUCACUUCUAGAUAAGACUAGUUAUAAAAGAUAAGCAGAGUGACAGAAUAGUAUGUUGAGUUAGUAUUUUCUUUUUGAAACUGGUUACUUUAUGUACGUUGAGUUAGUAUUAAAGAAGAAAUAAGUGUCAAAAAAUACCCAAACUAUCGUUUCUUUUUGAGUUUCACACCUAAACUAUUGGGAGUGUGUGAAACACACCUAACUAUCACACUUUAGUUUGAGAAACACACCUCAACUAAUAUGUGUUGCACUCUCUUUUUUUUUUAAAAGACAUGGAAAACAAUUUCAUCGUUGGCAAAAAGUUAAAGUUCACCGUGUAAAAUACUCCAUACAUCGACAUCUCUUCUUAGUGGUGUAAAAUAGAGUUUGGAGCCUAAAGGACAAUCAUCCAAAAAUUCAAGAAGGCAACGAAAAAUGGAAAAAUGCCAAAGGAGCAAAAGCGGGGGAGGCCUCGCGCCUUACUUUUAACCAUUUAACAACGUGAGUUAAAUGGUUAAAGGUAAGGCCGGUGCACUAUCACGCCUUGCAAGGCGGGAACAAUGCUCCGUCUCCUUCUUCCCAACGCUGCUAACAAAGCUGACUUUGUAAGAACAUGUUAGCAAGAUUAGAUGGUUUGAGUGGGGUAUCCAACUACAUUUAGUGCUCAUGACUUAAUUGUUUUUUUGGUUCAACUUCUUAGUUGCCACAUUUACUAGUAUUCUUUUUCAAUUUUGCACCAAUCUUUCAUUUAAUACCUAUAUCCUAGUAUAGUAUUGCGUCUUUUAAAACCCCACACCUACCUUGUUUUUUCUUUCUUCAUAUUUUUCACAUUUUAUUUAAUAGUAGUAGUUUCUUUUUCUUUUUUACUAUGAUUUUGCACCUUUCUUCAUAUUUUUCACAUUUAAUGAUUUUGUGCCAAUAAUAGAAAGUCUGAAGUUUGAAGAAAUUAACCCACUAACCGUAUCAUCCAUUUUCAGCUAAGAACCUAAUUAUACCCAGUCUAUCCCACUAAUGUACAAUCACUUACCUAGAUUUAAUCAAUUUGUUCUAGCUAAAUAUGAAAUUUUUGAUCAAUUAUUGUUUAAGACAAGUUCGCCUUUUGAAGGAAAAAGGAAGGCGGAGCAGCAAUGUCUGCAUUAAUGGGAAGAAGGAAGGCGGAUCACUGUUCCUGCCUUGCAAGGCGUGACGGUGCACCCGCCUUACCUUAAACCAUUUAACUAUUUAACUGACGCCGUUCAAUGGUUAAAGGUAAGGCAUGAGGCCUCCCCCGCCUUUGCCUCCCUGGCAUUUUCCAUUUUUCUUUGCCCCUUGGAAAUUUUGGAUUAAAAAAGUUGUCCUUUAGGCUCUGAAAUCAUGUAAAAUACUCCAUUGCCACGUGGAUAAAUUUUUCAUGCCCAGACGCACCUAGAGGCAUGUGUAUACAAACACUUAGUCCAGUCAACAUUGAGGUGUGUUUCUCAAACUAAAGUGUGAUAGGUUAGGUGUGUUUCGCACACUCGCAUAGUUUGUGUGAAACUUAAAAAAAGGGGUUGGUUUAGGUGUGUUUUUCAUACUUAUCUCAUUAAAGUAAAAGCAUCUUAAAACCUUUCAAAGAAUUAGGAGGAAGAAAUUGGGGGCAAAAAAAGGAAGAGCUUGAGGUGUAGAACUCAAGGGGCCUUUGAUGAUGUUUCAGGUUGUUGGAAGGGGCACAAAUUAGGAAGAAAGAAUCCUUGAGUAUGUGCUGUCUUGCAAAAUCACUUAAAAGAAGGAACCUUAUAAGGAUUUGACUUCAAAAUUACAAAAUAUUCCCUUUUCAAAAAAAAGAAGAAGUCAAUAUUCAUGAUAUUUGUUACGAUGGUUAAAUUUGUAGAAUUGAAGAUGAUUUUUUUUUUUUAGAAUUGAAGAUGUUAGGGUUUGAAACGAAAAAAAGGAACAACAGAUGAAUGAAGCCGCCUCUAGAUAUUCAGUGAAUCAUGCAGUGAGGCCCCUCCCCUGGCUUUGAUCUAGUGGUAAGAAGAAAUGUGUUAGGUGCAUGCCAUGGAUUUGAACAGAAAAGCUUGGUACUUAGGUGGAGAAAGGGGGAGGAUCAAGUCGAUUAUCCACCAAGUUUCAAACCUUGCACCAGUAACCCUUGCAAACAAAAAGAUGAACUGGAAUUAACUAGGAUCACAUGUGUUGCAUAUUUUAUCAAAUAGCUAACUAGCGCAUUGGUGCAACACAACACCUUGAUCCAUGUGCAAUGAACUAUUAAAGUUAGGACAAAGAUUCAAUUUUAAUGUUACCUUUCUCAAAAAAAAAAAAAAGAUUCAAUUUUAUAGGCACCGGAAUUGUGAUGAGUUUUGGGUGAUUGUUAUAAGUGGCUAUAUGACAAAGAAAUAUAUAGAUGCUGAAAACUAUUUGAACUAUGAAAUCAGAAGAAAUAAAGGGGUGCACAUUUCUUGACGCUAGUGUUGGGGAAUGGGAAUAGAAAAGUACUGCAAAAGCAGUAAUCAAAUAUUAGGAAACUCUCAUAAAAUUCGUCUUGGUGUCAUAAUGAAGUUAAAUUGAACUAUGUUUAUUGAAAGACUUGAUCAAAUAAAAUAAAAGAAGUAUAGUUUGUGUUUUAGAUUGAACUUGUGAAGUCCCUUUCAGAGGAUCCUUGAACUUAGUUUAUAAUAUUCUCAAAUUAUUUUAGGGUUUGGAUAAGCUUUCGAGACUGUUGGAUUAGCUGAUUAAAAGUGACUGAUUAGCAUUCUCAUCAAGGUUUGGAAACCACUUUUAGGUGUUGAAGCUGAAUUUAUAGACAAGCAGUUAUAUCGUACACGUUUGGAUAGAAAUGUUGAAACUGAUAAUUAAUAGUCAAUAUGUUUGGUAAAAAAGUCUUGAUAAGCACUUUUAUGUUAAAAUAACCGAAAUGUCCUUAAAGUUUUUACAAAAAAAGAAAAAUUUUAUAGUACUUUUAACGUAUAAAAGGAAGAAUUGCAGAAAUAGAAUGCCGAGAAUUAAAUGUUAUGUUAGGAAGAGUAUUUCGGAGAUUACAUAACUUUUUUUUGAUAAAGUACCACGAGAUUACAAAAGAUAUUAGGGAUAGAAUUGCAAAAGGUUCAGUCAAACCAAGACUGCGUGUAAGCUAUAAAAUCAUAAUUUAGGGUGACCAAUUUGUGACUUUAUCAAAAUUAUAAAGCACUCUUGUAACUUAAAAGCACCAAAAUUGGCUUAUGUUGGUGCUUUUAAGACAAAAUAAAUUUUAGAUAAUUUUAUAGUGUUUACGCAUAGAUAAGUCAAAAGGUGCUUAUAAGCUAGUUUGACCAGCUUAUAAGCUUAGCGGGUAUUGGGCUGAGGGGGUGUUUGGACGGGCUUCUUUCAAGUGACUUAAAAGCCAAAAGUAGGUAGCAACCUAUUUUUGGUUUUUUUUUGGUACUUUUUAAGCCUAAAGUAAAGUGCUUAUAAGCACUAUUUUGUCUUUGGCAAACACCUCAAUAUUAAAGUGCUUAAAAGCCAAAAGCACUUAAAAAUAAGUCAAGCCAAUCACCCUCUAAGCUUAUAAGCUGGCCAAAUUGGUUUAUUAGCACUUUUUAGCUUAUCUACGCAUUUGGCGAACACCAAAGUGUUUAUUAGCCAAAACCAACCAUAAGAUCCCCAACUUCUGGCAUUUAAGCUUAUCUUUCGUUUGGCCAAGUAUUUUAUGAUUUUAUUCGUAAUGGUUUUUCUAAUUCUUAACAUAUCUUUUUUUAUUUUUUGAGAAAGGUAACCGUUAAUCUACAUAUAUCCAUAGGUCCACUAUAUCAAUAAUUCUUAACAUAUCUCUUCCCAAACAAAUUCUUACUUCGUCUUCACUUCGUCUUUGUUGUUUUCUCUUUUCAUUACACGAAUACUUUUAAAUUUAUACUUUUUUGCCAAUAUUUUAAGGAUAUUUUAGUCAUUCUAACAACAUAACAACUUAUGAACACUUUUUUACCAAACACGUCAAUUGCUUAUGAACAGUUGCAGCAGUUCUAUCCAAACAUGUACCUGCUUA